AUGGCUGGAAAGACUCAAGAGGUCAUCAUUGUUGGAGGCUCUCUCGGUGGUCUGUUUGCUGGGAUAGUUCUGAAACGCCUGGGCUGCAUCGUACACAUUUUUGAGCGUAAUCCUACGCCGCUGUUGCAUGAUCAAGGCGCUGGCAUCGUAGCAGGGAGCCAUGUGCAAGCCUACCUCACCCGAUUCGAUCGUACAGAUCGUCCAAUUGCUGUCACAAGCAAGCUCCGUCAAUACUUGAACCAAUCCGGACUUGUGAUUCAUCAGGAGCAUACCGAGCAGAGAAUGACUAGUUGGGAUCUGCUGUAUCAUAUUCUUCGUGCAAAUUAUGAUUGUGUUGGGAGCGAUUACUGCCAGACCCCUGCCACGGAGGAUGGCGAAGGGACGAGCAGCUAUAACUACGGACGUCAGGUGCUAGGCCUAAAGACAGUCGGGGAAAGGAUUCAAGUCGAAUACGACACUACACAAGGCAACUGCUCUACAGCAACAGCCGACCUCGUUAUUGCCGCCGAUGGUCCCAGCUCUACUGUUCGUCGUCUACUCACACCAGAGAUCCAGCGGACCUAUGCUGGUUACGUAGCCUGGCGUGGUACUGUAGCCGAACAUCUCGUCUCUCCUUCAGCCAGAGAAACAUUCGUUGAAAAAUUCACAUUCUUCCAUGCACCAGGCACGCAAAUUCUUGCAUACGUCAUUCCAGGCCCAAAUGGAACGCUUGAGCCAGGGGAGCGCCUCAUAAAUUGGGUAUGGUACUGCAAUUAUGCCGAAGAUUCACCAGAACUACACGAUCUCAUGACGGAUUCGGAGGGAGCGACACAUCGCUAUACCCUGCCCCCUGAUAAGAAUUCCAAGCCUGAGGUACUUGAACAGCAGCGAGCGUUUGCGUCCCAGCUUCUUCCACCGCAAUUUGCGGAGCUGGUACGCAAGACCGUAACUCCCUUCGUACAAGCGAUCACGGAUGUCCUAGCUUCGGAGAACAUUUUCUAUGAUGGGAAAGUUCUGGUUCUUGGAGACGCUCUAGCAGGGUUUCGACCGCAUACUGCUGCCUCCACGAAUCAAGCUGCCUACGACGCUAUUUUACUGAGUGAUUUGAUGGAGGGACAAAUGGCGUUACAGGCAUGGAAGCAGAAGACCAUGGCUUAUGCGAUUGAUAUGCAGAGGCGAGGUGUGACGAUGGGAGAGAGAAGCCAGUUCGGAAGACACCCUUUUGCCUAA